CAGCUAGCUAGCCAGGCAGCAAGCAGUUGGCGGGGCGCUGAGGAGAGAGAAGGGGUGCUGGUGGCAGUUAUGGCUUCGCUCGUGAAGAAAAUAAUCAGCACUGCUAAGGCUCCAGCUGCACUGGGCCCCUACAGCCAAGCAGUGCUGGUAGACCGGACGAUGUACAUUGCAGGACAGAUAGGUAUAGAACCUUCCACUGGGCAGCUUGUCUCUGGAGGGGCAAAGGAGGAAGCUAAGCAGGCUCUAAAAAACAUGGGAGAAAUCCUGAAAGCUGCAGGCUGUGACUAUGGCAAUGUUGUGAAGACUACGGUUUUGAUGGCAGACAUGAAGGACUUCAAUGAUAUUAAUGAUAUUUACAGACAAUUUUUCAAGACAAACUUCCCAGCCAGAGCAGCCUAUCAGGUUGCCGCUUUGCCAAAAGGUGCCCGGGUUGAGAUUGAAGCUGUUGCCAUUCAGGGACCCCUCCAAGAUGCUUCAGCCUGACUAUAAUAGAGACUGAAUAUCCUACAACAGCAGUUUUAGAUUUAAUACUUCCUCACAUCUUAUUCCUGCAACUGACUAUCAGCAGUUACAUACAGUUGAAAUCACUAAACUUACCAAGGAAAUGUGCUUUGUUCUGGAUCAUGGCCUUGGAUUCUCUAAAAUACAGGCUUACAGUGAGUUUUGAGCUGGCAGACCCUGAAACCUCCGGGAGUCCUGCUCACAUCAGCUGAGUUUGAUUGCAGGACAGAGCUCUUACUUUGUGAUGAUGACUGGAUAUUCAGAUACUAAGUACACGUUUGGGUGAACGUAUGACAGUUACACCAUGGGUGAUCUAGAGAUGGAAAACUGUAAUGAUUUGUAAUAGUAGGGUUUUAAUAACUAUUUUAAAUAAGAAAAAAUGACAACUGGGAAAACAGUAGAACGCUUGAAUUGCUUAGUGUGCGUUUUCACUUUUGUGUUUUGGGGAAUUUUGCUGUAUUUGUUUCUGAACUGUCUUAAACUCUUUCUUUACAGAAUAAAUUACUGUUGGGACUCACAUUUUUUUCAUAUGGAAGCAAUUGCUUAAGAAAGUUAAUAUUAAUUUUGGAAAGAAGAAAGUUAUGCUUUUCUGAAAUACAGUGCUAACUUUAUAAAUCAGAUCUCUACCUGUAACCUUUUUCAUAAUCUUUUUCACAGCAAUUCAACUUUUACUAUCUUUUGAUUAAAAACAAACAAAAACCUCCAAAAAACCCAAGCUUAAGAAAUAAUUCUGUUUAAUGAGAAUAAAUGAUAAUUGCAUCUGUAAAA